CAGAAUUCAAGCUGAAGAUGAAGCUGUUGGUCGCUCUCCUUAUCGUGUUGCUGUCAGUCCUGCUUCAGGUGACAAAGCCAGCAGCUGCACAAGGGUUAAAAUGCUAUUCUUGCAACGCCCCCCCUCCCAACUGUUACAAAAAGAAAAUUAUUACCUGUGAACCUGGACAAGAUAGGUGCGUGAAAACCACCACAAAAAUUGUAGACUAUGACGGCUCUCCCAACGAGAAGAACGAAUUCGACAAAUUCAUGAAUGUUCUGGUGUGGGAGCGGGUCUGUAUGACUGCCAAGGAGUGUGAAGCCUAUAAGCAACGCACCAAAAUAAGAGAUGUGACCUGCUGCAACACAAAUCUGUGCAAUGCUUGAGAAGGGACGGCCAUGUCUGGAUAAGCCUUGGGGGGGCACGAGGCCUGAGGCAGGGGCAGUGGAAGUUGCUGAAAAGGGGGGUAUUGAUAAAAAGAUGUCUCCUCAAUCAUAUUUUGUUAUUAAAGUAAGAGCUGAAAGCAAA